GAUUAAAUACAAACUGUGGAAAUCUUGCAUACUCAUUGUGUGCACGCCGGAAAAACGUUCUUGUCUGAUGUGUCAUACUGUUAUCACUUGGUCUAAUAGAUACUAGUAUUUAGUUAGUAUUGGUCUCAACUGAUAAGUUAAAACAUCAAGAAGUGUUCGAUAAUACCGUGUGUCUAGUCUAGUGAAUAUAGUGAAACUACUUUUUCUGUAGAAAGUAAAAGGGCAAUCAGGGUCUCUCAAUGGAAAAGAAAGCCACAUUAAUGUGAAAUUAAUUCUUCCCUAAAAUAAUCUAGAAGCUAUUCCCCUUUAAAUUUAAGACACUUAUCGGACGUGUUGACAUGGGCCGUGGUGGGGAAGUGGCUGUUUGGUGUCCGUUAAGUUGCCAGCACCAAAAAACAGGAGAGCAAGCUUACCAGUGAAAAGUAAACAACACAUAUUCAUAUAACCACCAACACAGUAAUUGCAAGUUUUGACCUGGCUAGACAAUUGCAGGCAAACGGCGCCUUUUUUCAAUUUUUUGAGUUAACAACAGAUGGAGGAGGUGUGUUUUCAGUUGCCGGGACACGGCGAUGUGGCCCUCCGCAACAUGAACUCCCUACGCACCCAGCAACAUUUCUGUGACAUCACUAUUGUGGCCAGUGGUCGUCAGGCAUUUCGGGGUCACAAGGUUGUGUUGGCUGCCUGCUCUCCAUUUCUCAGGGACCAGUUUCUUCUGUCCCCCUCCUCGGAAUUACAGGUGUCAGUGUUGCACAGUGCUACUGUUGUCUGCAAACUGCUCCAGUCAUGUUACACAGGCUCGUUGAAAUUUCAUUCCAAAGACAUCGUCAACUACCUGACUGCAGCCAGCUAUCUGCAGAUGGAGCACAUUGUGGAGAAAUGCCGUGGUGCCCUCAAUAUGUACAUGCAACCCAGGAAUCCAAGCCCUACCAGGGCCGUUAAAACAGAGCAGCCACUGUCCAUGGCCAUGGCUGUGAGUGGCAGUGGCCCCUCAGUGCAGCCUGGUUCACCUGAGAGUGUCUCGGCCCCCCAGCCCCCCAGCCCAGAGGUGGUCUCUCAGGCCUCAGGGAGCCACCACACAGACUCACUGUCACAGGCAGACGUCCAGCACAGGGAAGCACAUGCUCUCUCAGAGAUCAAGGCACGAGCAUCCACUGCCUCCUUGCAUGAUGACUACAGUGACUAUGAGGUUCUGAGGGUUUGUAUAAAAGAGGACGAUCAGGAACCUGAAGAAAUCCAGGAUGAUGAGGUGGGAGAGCCCGUGAUUUUGGAGGAUCCUAUCGAGUCUGACCCCAGUGGGGCAGGCAUGGUGCUGGAGGGAGGGAGCCGCAUUGGGGGACUGGACAGGGAGGGCCCACGCACCUGGAGGCGUCGACUUCUUGAGCCCCGUACUGGACGAGGAAGAGGUUUUAGGCACCGCAAGCGUGGCACCCUUCGAGAUCGCCGGCCAGCAGGCGUGAACUACCAAGAGGCCUGGCGCUUCCCCUCCCCGGCAGAGAUUCUGGCUCUGGGAGGCGAUUUGGGCUCGGCCUACCUCUCUGCUCACGCCCAGACAGACAGCCCUCCCAGGAUGCAAUAUGGGCUGGGCGAGAGUCAGGAGGAGGUUCUAGGAGAGGAGCCUAGCGCAGAGGACAUGGCCAUGCGCUACGGGCUGGACGAUUCUAAUGGGGACGGGGGAAGCAUUGGUGUGAUGGGUGUCCCAGCUGACGAGGAGGGGGGAGGUGCGGACGAUUCCGUGGCUGUGGUGGGGUCCACAUCUUGCGCGUCGGGUCCAGUGGCAUGUGACCACUGCGGUCUGGCCUUCCCGUCGCCGCAAUCUCUGCUCGUGCACAUGCGCGCCACCCAUCUGCCUUACGUGUGCCCCUGCUGCGGCAAGCAGUUCACUCACGCCAGCAACCUCAACCGCCACAUGAGCGUCCACCGCGGGGCCAAGGUGCACCGAUGCCCACUGUGCCACAAGACCUUCACGCAGAAGGCCACGCUGUGCGAUCACAUGAACCUACACAGCGGCGAGCGCCCGCACCGCUGCGCUUACUGCCAAGUGCGCUUUGCCCACAAACCAGCCCUGCGGCGCCACCUAAAGGAGCAACACGGGAAGACUACUGCACAGAACUGUAUGGAGGCACAGAGAGAGAGUGAGGCAGGGGUCGAGGGAGGGGUGGGAGGGGUCGAGGGCGGGGGGGCAGUUGAAGGAAUCUAAAAAAGUGAUACGGUGAUUGCCUUUGUCAUGACUGUUAAGUGAGGCCGAUUUGGGCUGUCGUUUGCUGGCAGGCUUGUGUCUUUCAGGAGGAGCGGUGGUGUGUGAGUAAACUAGAGAAUAAAGAUUCCAGCUCAAGAGUUGGAGAAUGUAAAGAUGUAAAUAUCAAUCAAGAGGUUUUACUGUGGGUCAUGUUGGGUUAUUUGGGUGAGGGAAGUGGUUCUCAAUCCUCCCUGAGUCCUCAUCCUGCAUUAUCUUCUAUAUAUUCCUGCCUCAGACACAAGUGAUUAAAAUUAGUGCACUCAAACUGCUCUCUAUCAACCAAAUCAGGUGUGUUCAGGAUGGAAACGCACAGACUGGCCUUUUCUUUAGCCAAAUGUUCAUGAACGCACUUCAAAUAUGUGAAUGAGUAGGAUGGAAACCCAGGUGCUGACAAGUUCAAUCAGGCAUGGAGAGCACAGGAAGGUAGAAAACAUACAGGAGGGGCAGACGCAGGAUUGAGAACCAACGGAUUAGGGUAUCCAGCGUGUCUUUUCUGUGUAACUGUGUGACAUAUCAAUAAACAAGUAAUGUCAGAAAAUGA